AAAGUAUCAUGGACGCCAUCAAGGUGGCUAUUAUCAGAUCACCAGACCAUCGACCACCAUCAACGCAACGCUCAUCCGAUCCUCCACGUAAUGUCAACAAAUGUACCAGGGACCACCGGGCCAUUUCGGUCUAGACUGAACACCGUUCCUGUGUGAAAUGAUGCUAUCCGGGUGUUGCUGUUGCGCUGUCCCGGGGUACUCCUCCAGCUGCCCCACCCCAACAUCCAGAGUCGUAUGUUGCUCUCUCUCUCUCUCUCUCUCUGUCUCUCUUUCUUGUUGUGACCUUCAGACUUUCUUCCUCAUCGAACCCUUUCUCUUCCCACCCUGGUCCCCCUUUUUGUCUGACCUUGAACCACCUCCACCAAGGAAGCAAGAAAAAAAAAGCUAUGGCCCCUUCUUCCCCCUCAUCUACCCCUCCUCCUCCACUCCUUCAUCCUGCUUUCCUUCCCCGGAUAUCGCUGCUUGCUUGGUCUCGUCUCUUCCCCAGGUGAAGCUGGCUGGAAAGGACAUUCAAAUACCUUACAAUUGACUAGGGGAAGGGUCGUUCUUAACUGGCCCGAUCUCUCUUUCUUUUCUUUCCUUUCUUUCCUUUCCCAUCCAUCAACAUUCGUCUCAUCCCUUUGCAAUACGCCAAUUC